CAUUUCAGAUGUAAAGGAUCAUCUUUAACGUAAUUACAUUAACCGGAACGAAAAAUAAAAAGGAUGGAAUCAAAUAAAGGUUUAAGGCCUUUAAAACGAUUGCCGCAAGUAACGUUAUGGGAGCUUCGUCGACACACCAUCACGGUUAGGAAUCCUUUAGCUUGGGAUAAAACUGGUUCUGAUAAGCCCAUACAACGCGAUAUAGGAGAUUUAAGUGAAUUGUGUUUGCAUCGAGCAGGUAAAACAAUAAAUAAUGACUUACAACUUCAAUUAAGUAUGUAUGUAUUUGCUUAGGAAGCGUUUAAAACAUUUUUUGUUUUGUAUAAAUCGGUAAUUGAGCUAGUUUCAGAGAAAGGAAAAGUUUUAGGGUGACCAAAAAGGGGAUUGAAGUGGAAACCAACAAUGUUGUGAAGGUGCAACGCCCCUUUUCGAAAGGGACGAUAUCUUAGUUAAUCAAGAUGGAAUGGAACAACGCACGAUGCGUAUCAAAAGACCACCAGGAGCAAAUCGUCGCUCUCAAUCAACAUCAAGCGAUUCAAGUUCAGAUUCAUCGCGAUCAAAAAGUAGCGCGCCUCGAUCGAAAGGAUGGCGAGCAGAGACAAAACCGAUUUAUCCAAAACCAUUAAGAUUUACUUGUGAACGAAAAAACUCGCCAGCUAAAGAAGAUUCCUAUAGAUCACCACCGCGUCGAAGACAAAGCGUUUCGCCUUAUCGAAGAGGAACAAAACGAAAAACGCCGGAUAAAUCACCUCAAAGACAAGAAAAAGGUUCUUUCAGAACCCGCGAUAGAAAUAGAUCACCACCAAGAAGUGCGAAAUCGUCGGAACGAAACGCCGGGAGUUCACAUUCCAAAUCGGAGAGAUCGCGAAGAUCCAAAUCACCAUUACGAUCGAGGGAAACUCGCCGAAGAUCUCGAUCGAGGGAUCGAUUUAAACGAAAUUCCCCCCCGAGUUCAAGACGAAGCCGAUCGCCGAGACGGUUAAGUAGAAAUCGACACAGAGUUAGGAAUCAAACUCCACCUCCAAGUCGAUAUUCCCCACAUAAAGAUCAAAUCCCACCGAUUGAUUAUGCGCAUUUAGCUCAUGUAAUCAGUCAGAUGUAUCCAAGACAACCUUUUAUCCCACCACAUAUUGUACCUCCAGUUCCUGAAUUUUACCCCCCAUACGCGAUUCCUCCAGGUCCAAUUCCUCCAAGACCUAGAUUUCCACCACGACCACCGAUUAUUUACAAUAAUAGAUCGAUAAAAAUCUUUAAACCGAAUGAAACAUCAACUACAGCGUCAAGUACUGUUACAACAACCGUUACGACUGCUUCUUCAUCUUCGAAUGCGGCCCCUGCGUCUUCUACAGUUACUUCUAAUGAAGAAUCGUAUUCGGAAACGCGAACGGAUGAAAUACCGAGCGGAACUGAUAAAUGAUGUCGACGUGAGUUUAAUUUAAAAUUAUUUUUUUCUUGAAUUUUCGAUUUUCGGGUCUAAAAAAUAAAUGAGUUAGUUAAGGA